UGGACUUGCGGAUUAUUUAUCAAUUAUUAUAUUAUACAGUCGUAUUCAAUAAUGUUAUGAAUUGCGAAUAUUAAAAUAACUUAUAGUUAAGGUCUAACGUAACUUAUAUGUGAAUUUAAUAAAUUAUUUCAUGUAAAUUAUAAUGUAUAAUCCGGCAGUGACAAUCCGACGAAUCGAUGUUUUGAUACGAAUAGUGAAUGGUAGAAAAGCAAUAAUAAGCGCCAAUUCGGUAAGGGCUUAUUCCAGUGACGAGAAGGUGACUAUAGGAGAUGUUACCAAGGAUAUUAAACCCGCGGAAAAGGUGGAAUAUGUUCCUAGAAAGUAUAUGACCUUGGACAAUUCAGAAUUGAAAGCACUAUCACAGAGUACUCUUAGAAAUUUACGAUGGAUGAUGCAAAAGGAUUUGCUGGGUCAAGACAUGUUCUUGCUUGGUAGACCUGGACCGGGAAGACGAAAAGUGGCUUUACAAUAUUUGGAGCUCACACAACGAGAACUGGAGUAUGUGGCUCUAUCGCGGGACACUACGGAAGCAGAUCUGAAGCAGAGGAGAGAGAUACAGAGUGCUACUGCUAAAUAUUUUGAUCAGAGUGCAGUUCGCGCAGCUAUCAAAGGUCGAGUACUAAUUAUUGAGGGCAUAGAGAAGGCGGAACGGAAUGUGUUGCCAGUGUUAAAUAAUUUAUUGGAGAAUAGAGAAAUGCAUUUAGAAGAUGGCAGGUUUUUAGUUCCUGCAGCCAGAUACGACAAGUUGCUGGAGGAACACGGACUAGAAGAGUUGUCGAAGUGGCGGCUGGUUAGAGUCGAUGAGAACUUCCGAGUGAUAGCUCUAGGCUUGCCAGUGCCUCGGUACAAUGGACAGCCGCUCGACCCGCCGCUCCGUUCGCGGUUUCAAGCCAGAGAUGUGGCUACUAUUGGAUUUGGGGAACACCUGAAUUUGCUGAAAGAGGACGCUCCCAACGUAAACGUGGCUAAGCUGGAGCAUCUAUUGGAAGCUGCUUACGCCCUCAUCAGCCCUGAACUGCAAAUGGUCAACUUACCUGAUUUCCCUGUGGAUAACUUACAUGCGGCUGCACUUAUUUUGGAACGCAAUCCAGCUAUUCCCACCCAUACGCUGUUGUAUUUACUGUAUCCGUACAAUACAUUUUUGACCAAAGACCAUAUAAGAAAUGUGAAAGCUGUUCUCAGUAAUCUUAAAGUAGACACUGAGUCCCAGUGGAACAUAUCUAUGCAAGGGAUUGAAUUCAAAGAAAAUGAAGCCUCAGUGACUAUCCAGAUUAAUGGACAUAAAUCACAAUUUGGUGUGGCAUGCGGUGUGAGGAGUAAGAAAGGGAUAGAUGAUAAAAGAAUAGUAAAAACUGCAUAUCAAAGUCAAUUGUUGUGCGAAAUAUUAUUGAGUCACAGUGUCGGAGAUUUUUGUAUAGUUGGUCCAAAAGGAUGCGGCAAAAGCCUCUUAGUCAAUCAACUGGCAUCCUUAUUAGGAUAUACAAUAGAGCCCAUUGUCCUUUACCAGGAUAUGACAGCUAGAGAUCUGAUGCAACAGCGUACAACAUUGGACAAUGGGGAUACUGUUUGGAAGAACUCGGCUUUGGUGGAAGCGGCAUUGAAAGGUCAUCUCGCCGUGCUGGAUGGUCUGCACAGGAUACAUCCCAGUACCUUAGCUGUGUUGCACAGAUUAGUACACGAUCGAGAGUUACAACUACAUGACGGUACCAGACUAUUGAGACACGACCGCUACGAUGAACUGCUCGAGGCUGGACAUAGCGCUCAGCAGCUGGACGAAAGCGGCGUUAAGAGAAUACAUCCUGCUUUUAGGAUUGUGGCGUUGGCAGAGCCUCCGAUACUUGGACGCGGACAGCAGUGGCUCUCACCAGAGAUACUGAGUCUAUUCAUAUUCCACGAGAUGAGAAACCUUAGCAAAGAGGAGGAGAUCUCUGUUAUCAAUGCCUUGUAUGGCGACAUAUCCGACCCUCUGCACUCAAUUAUCGACUUAGCAGACGAACUCAGAUAUUCAGAGGAUAGCACACUGAAGAAUCUUUCAACGUCUCUCUCCACGCGGCAGCUGUUAAGAAUCGCGAGUAGAAUGGCGAAAUAUCCAACGGAGUCUGCUUACGAGACGAUCCAAAGAACAUUCCUAGCGAAAUUCCUUCCUAAUCUAGCUAGAAGGGCACUAGAUGGCGCUAGUCAGAAUUUGGGCAUCGAACCACCCAGUCGUUUUAGUGUUGCUAAUCAGAAAGAGAAGAAAAUCGGUUGUUCUGUACAAAAUGGCGUCCUAACAAUCGGCAACACAAGUACAGAUGUAUAUAAAACGCAAGCGCUAACAAAAGUGCCCGAUAUAUUGUUCUAUGAUGUACCACAGCAUAUAAGAUUACUAGAGUGGCUACUUCAGGACCUCUUGCUCGGCAAUCAUCUACUCCUAGUGGGUAAUCAAGGAGUGGGAAAGAAUAAGAUAGCUGACAGACUGUUACAACUCUUGAACCGUCCAAGGGAGUAUAUACAGCUCCAUAGAGAUACAACGGUCCAAUCGUUGACGGUUCAACCGACUGUUAAGGAUGGUGUGGUGGUAUAUGAAGAUUCCCCAUUAGUGAAAGCUGUUAAAUUUGGCCACGUUUUAGUUGUAGACGAAGCAGAUAAAGCACCUACACAUGUUACAUGUAUAUUGAAGACUUUAGUAGAAAAUGGUGAAAUGAUUUUAAGCGAUGGAAGAAGGAUUGUGCCUAAGCAUAUGAUAGAUAUAUCUGGCGGAGAUGUGGAAACUUUUAUUCCUGUACAUGAUGAUUUUAAGAUGAUUGUGCUUGCUAACAGGCCUGGUUUCCCAUUCUUGGGGAAUGACUUCUUUGCAGCUCUAGGUGACCUCUUCUCAUGUCACGCGGUGGACAACCCGUCCAUCGAAUCUGAGAUGGACUUACUUCGUUCCUACGGACCUGAUGUUCCAACAGAGAUCAUGAAGAAGCUGGUGCAAGCGUUUGCAGUACUCCGCGAUAAGGCCGACCAAGGGCAGUUGACAUACCCGUACUCUACCAGGGAGUUAGUGAAUAUAGUGAAACAUUUGCAGAAAUAUCCUGAAGAAGACAUAGCCACAGCAAUUGGCAACGUUUUCGACUUCGAUAGAUACAGUAAGGAUAUGGCUGACACGUUGCUUGAAGUUCUGCACGCCAGCGGGUUGCCGACAGAGGGCGUUCUUGAAGGUAGAUCUAAAGAGGCGUUGAAGAAACUUCAAAUGACUAUUGAGAGUAAGAGUGGUAAGGAUGUAUCAUCACCUAAACAUGGCAAAGAAGACCCUGAUAACGAGCCUCAUGUAGGCGGAAACACGUGGGCGGGCGGCACCGGCGGACGAGACACUGCAGGCCUUGGCGGCAAGGGCGGGCCCUAUCGCCUUGACAAGGGACACGAUGUCCAUCAGCUGUCUCAAGCGGAGAAAGAUGACGUCCCCGAACACGUUAAAAAAGCAGCGCGGGAAAUGAACAGGAAAGCAUUCGAGGAGCGUCUCAAAGAAAUCAAAAUGAGCGAGUACGACGCGAAUUUGUACGGACAGUUCCUCAAAGCGGUGCAACCGCAGAUUGGUGCUCUUCGUGGGGUUUUGGCGGAAUUGCAAGCCAAAAAGAAGGAACGAGAAUGGAGUAGACACCAGACCAGCGGUGAACUCGAUGAUGGCAAGAUUAUUGAAGGUUUGGCUGGCGAGCGCGCCAUCUACCGGCGACGCGCGGAACAAGAUCCGCCGCCGGGCGCUCCGCCAGAACGACCCAAGAGGUUGCGGCUUGUGGUUGAUGUCUCCGGCAGUAUGUACAGGUUCAACUCAUACGACGGGCGUCUGGAACGUUCCAUGGAGGCGGUAGUGCUGGUGAUGGAAGCGCUCCGAGGUUACGAGGCACGCAUCCGAUACGACAUGUACGCGCACUCCGGGGAGGACCACGCUCUGGAACUAGUGAGGGUCGACCAACCGCCUGAUAACGAGAAGCAGAGAUUACAGAUAAUCCGCACGAUGCACGCACACUCCCAAUUCUGUUGGACUGGCGACAACACUCUGCCCGCGACCAAGCACGCCAUCUCCACGCUGGCCAACGAAGACGCUGAUGAGGCUAUUGUGCUUGUAUUAUCCGAUGCCAAUCUUAGAAGAUACGGCAUACAACCUCAAGAGUUGGGUACCAUUCUGACUUCAGAUAGCAGAGUUCAUGCGCAUGUUAUAUUUAUCGGCAGUUUAGGAAAUGAGGCAGCGACGAUGUUGCGUGAUCUGCCGGCGGGACGCGGUCACGUGUGCAUGGACGUAGCCUCCCUGCCGCAUAUAAUGCAGCAAAUAUUCGCCUCGUCGCUGUUACAAGACUCCACGUAACACCUUCAACAUAUUGGGAACACUAAGACUUCAUCCGUACGUCGUGGAUAUUCCACAUGUUCCGAAUACGUCAUUUUUAAUACGCACUGUGAAAGAGCGGAAUACACUUCCAGUUUUCGUGUUUCCGGAGAACUACAACACCGGAUUCUUUAAGUCUUUCACCGUAGGUGAAUAGAUUUCUUCUGGGUUAGCACGCUAUAUCCUAAACCAAACGUACACUCAUUAUAAUAAAAAAAAUGCACAGUUUUAAACCUUUUUCAUGUUCUUUUACAGUUGUAUAUAUUAUAUAAACGAGAUAUUUGUGAUCAUUUUAUUUAAGAGCUCCUGAUAUUAAGACGCUAUUAACGUCCUGGUCAACUGUUAACCCGACUAUCAAGUAAUAUCUCGUUCUUAUAAUGAAAGUUAGAAAAAAUAUUUAUUCAGUGUAAAUACAAUAGGAACAAAAAGUUUUUACAUAAAUAAAUGUUGCAUAUAAAACACCGAAAUAGCUCCACUUAGCUUUAUGGCAUGUUAUAGACAGAUAGAUAGAUGAUUUAUUUGUUUGAACAUUGUUUUCUUUACAAUAAAUGUUACAAUAAAAUAGAGUACAAAUGUUCGUCUAAUAAUCAGAAGGCAUGCAAAUUUUUCUUAAUGAUUAUAUUAAAAAUAAUACUAAGAAAAUGAAGUUAUGUUCUAUGUGAACAUACCGCUCGUUUUCGGUUACAAAAGUGAAAUAUAAAGGGCACCAUUUAAAAUACUAAUAAGUAAAAAAAAACAGGUUAUUGAUCAAAUAUAUAAUUAAAUUUUAUAUCAAUUUAUAUAAAAUGUAGGCACAAAUUACAGUAUAAAAUACAGAACUACUAUAUUAUAGCUGUUGUUACUAAUAUAUUAUAGAGUAUUGGCUAAUAUAUACUGAUUUCAUCUAUGCAUGUAACAUACUAAAAAUAAAUAAGUAUAACUAAUACAUACUACUUGUCAGUAGAAUUUAUAUAUUAAAUAAUAUUUGACAUAUACAAACUUCUAAACAACUUAGUGCCUGACAAUAUGCUGUAUAAUAAGCUGACCUGACUCCACUGGUGUCCAACCAUACUGUUAGCGCAGUCGAGUAUAACAUUCCAUAUUCAACCUUUAAAAAAACUAGUAUUCGUCCAAAACUAGUUUAAAUCGGAACUACAUAGCAGUUUAGUUUCAGAUUCGUCUGUAAAUGAUACUGAAUUUUUCCUUCUAGUUUCUUUGAACGAUAUCAAAAUGUAUACAUAUUACAUUAUAUAUUUUAUAGUAUGUCGAAGCAGGUAUAACUUAUAUAAUUAUUCUGUACAUGUGUUUGUCACUCAACUCUUCUUAUACGGCUGGACCGAUUUAGAUGAAAUUUUGUUUAUAUUUUAAUGUGUUCUUAUAUGGUUUGAUAACACAAUUUGUGUACCAGUAGGUGACAUUAUUUUUCCGAGCAGGGCGUUUACGUCCGCAAGUGAUAAUAAAUAUAAAUACUUAUUUUAUUAUAUAUAUUAUGUGGGUAUUAGAAGAAAGUAUUUAAGUAUGACUAGCGAUUCUUCCUCAAUGCCUUAUACCUUUAUAAUUGAUACGAUAUACGUACCAAUACAAGGAUGUUGAAAUGUGUAUAGUUAGUAAAAUAUUGGUUAACUAUAUCCCAAGUUGUCCGGGUUAGUCGUAAAGGCAAUAAUAGUGGCUAGCUGGUUAUAGUAUUCAUGUCAUUAUUUAUAUUUUUAACCGGGUAAACACGAAUAAUUUUAUGGUAAAUAAAGGUAUUUACUACUCGACAUUUCGACUAGGUUGCACUAGC